AUGUCCAAUAAAACAAUUUUAAAAGUGUUGUGUGCAGCAGAAGCUGCUGGAGAAUUCGAUGAACCUACUCCUUCAAAACGAAGAUAUUGGUUUUUUGAGUAUUAUCGAAUGUCGGUUAAAUCAUUCGACGAACGCUUAGCUAAGCUUCGUCAACUUUUAACUAAAGAAAUUACAAAUAUGCGUAAUCCUUUAAGUCCGGAGGUUAGACUGACGGUGACUAUAAGAUAUCUGUCAACUGGAACUUGUUUUAAAGCUUUGCAAUUUGAUUUUAAUAUUGGGAAGAGUACAGUUGCACAAAUUGUCAAAGAUACAURUCAAAUUUGUUGGAAAGUAUUACAACCGACAGAAAUGUCUCCACCGACUAUGGAACAAUGGCUUGAUAUAUCAGAACAUUUUUAUAGAAGUACGAACUUUCCUAAUUGUCUCGGGAGUAUCGAUGGGAAACACAUAAGGUGUAAGAAUCCAUAA